ACGGCGACGCUUAAGUGGACGGGGAACAAGUGCGCGGUGAAAGAUAAUGCUGGUCCGUCUCUGAUAUAAGCGUAUUUCACGCAGGCGUCGCCCCGAUCCUCAGCCCAACUGCGAGUCUAGGAGGGGACAUCGGAAGGCAGGCGACCCAUAAUGCAACGCGGUUAGGACAUAAGACAUGGAAGCCCUGUCAGCCAGACGCACUCCAAGUCGCCUCAUAAGAUUGAACUGAAUACCGCAUCGCAAAGUCAACUCGGUGAGGACGCAGCCCACCUGAACGACACCGUCGCCUUCGCCAGAGACACGCCUCAGUAGUACAGUCAUGCCCCACAACAGCGGAACAACUGACACUGGAUCGUGGCGGCGAGAGCAUCAACCCGUGAUGAUGAGAAGUGUAUGCCAAAGUUCCUCACGGGCUUUGCUGCCAUAGGGAAAGUAAGCAGAGGAACAGCGCAGCAUAAUACAAAUCUACUAACAAGAACAGCGAAAGUAAGAGAGAUGGCGUCCGUUACCAGAAAUGAGUCAGAGCUGGAGCUUCGCACACUCCUUCAAGGAGCAGACCUUCUCUCCUACUACGACAAAUUCAUCGAGAUAGGUGGAGACAAUGUCCAGCAGCUUCGUGACGAUUUCCAGGAGGUGAUUCGCCUGGUAGAUAUGGCCAGAAAGCCACUUCACGUCAAGAGAUUGAAGAAAGCACUGACACAAUGGACACCACAGCCAGUCGCAGGAACGUCCACUGCAGCAGAUGGAACAGAAGGGGAGCUUCACGCACUACUUCGACGAGCGGAUCUUAUCUCCUACCACGACAAGUUCAUGCAGAUAGGUGGGGACAAUGUUCAGCAGCUUUAUGACUCUACGGUGGAUGACUUCCAAGAAGUGAUUGAUCUUGUUGACAUGGCCAGAAAGCCACUUCACGUCAAGAGAUUGAAGAAAACACUGACACAGUGGACACAGCAGUCAGUCGCGGUAACGUCCACACCGUCCGACAAAUCACAAGGGGAACUUUACGAAUUACUUAGACGAGCGGACCUUCUCUCCUACUACGACAACUUCAUCGAGCUAGCCGCAGACAAUGUGCAGCGGCUUUGUGACUCAACCGACGAAGAGUUCCAGGCACUCACCGACCAGGUAGACAUGACCAGGAAGCCCCUUCACGUGAAAAGAUUGAAGACCGCACUCAUACAGCGGUCAGGCCAUGCAGCCAUAACGACGUCCAUUCCGAGAAACGAAUCGGAGCGUCAACUUUACGAACUGCUUCAGCAAGCGGAUCUCCUCGUCUACUACGACACCUUCAUUGAGAAAGGCGGGGACAAUGUGCAGCAGCUUCUUGACUCGACGGAAGAAGAGUUCCAAGAGUUCAUCGACAUUGUUGGCAUGGCUCGAAACUCACUUCACGUCACGGAAUUGAAGAAAGCGCUGGAACAGUGGAGAGGGCGCCCAGGUACAUGUCAUUCGGGCACAUCUUCGCACAAGUCAGUCGUGGUGUUUUCGACAGUGCAAGAUGAGCAACCAAUAGCGGUGGAGGAAUCUCCUGAGACUGAGAAUAUCAGGUCUGAGAUGCAUCUUGCCAUUGAAAGGAGAGAUGUCGAGCGAGUGCGAGAGUCUCUGCAAGCAGAACCGCGACUAAAGAUAUGGAUGAAUCCACAUACAAAGGAGUCAGCUGUGCAUCGAGCUCUGAGCCAAGCCGCGUUCAACUUGUAUGUCUUUCUGCGGUCACAGAAAUGUAUAUUCAAGGACCCUGCUGAACAAGAUUGCCUCAAUCGUCUAAAUCCUCUCGAAAAGGCUGAACUCGCGCGACAACAAAAUUUUGCAAUGGCAUAUAAAGGAUCUCACCUCAGUUUCCUCAAGAGCAGAUCAAAGAGCCGAGCCGAUUUUGACGGAUUUGACAAAAUUCUGGAUAACUUGUAUGGCGCCCUCGCCAGCAGCGAUUUAGUGAAACCAGUUUUGAAAGUCGCUUCAAUGGCCCCUUAUUUGAGCAUACACUUCGACUUUGAACAAGAGGACAUCCAGAGCAUGGCGGGGGGCAGCAGAACUGACUAUGGCUUAACUGAUCCAGAAAAAGAAGAUAUAUUUGUCGGAGCGAAAGGACUUCGUGCGGAACCAUCACACGCCUCGGAACAUCGCACGAAAGAAGUCGCAGGGACACUAAUUCAUGAAUUGUGUCACUUGGCUGUUUUUCUUGUAUACGGAAACCAAGGAAAGCCGUACCGGAGCACGGAUGCAGUUAGCAGAGAACGCUACGCGGACAUUGUCAACGAUGUCAGAGGUCGAAAAGGAGACUUACAUCAAAUCUUACAAUUGGCAUUUCAAGAGAAUGACGAACAAGAAUUAAUAGUUCGGAUACCCCAUAUUCUUGCUCUUUGUCCUACUGAAGCGAACGCUAUUCUGGAACAGCAAGUCCCGAGGCUCUACCAAUUCUACAAAACGCAGGUCCUCGAAGAUAUGAAACAGUGCAUACGGAACGGCUGUCCCAUCAAGGACAUUGAGAUCAUGAAGGAAGAAAACGGAAAAUUAGGCAAGGCAUCCUCGACAGAGGAACUUGGAAUAGAAUUUGAGGCCGGACUUGAUGAAUCUACUCUACAACGUGGGCCACUUGUUGUCCUCAUAGCGUCAAAUAUAACCUUCCUCGAGGCAAUGGUCAACGACCUCCUAAGAUCUGCAACAGUUCCGUACCUGUUUCUGGAAGCAUCGCGUUGGUGUCAGAGAACGAAGUUCGUACUAGUCAAGAAUAAGUGCAGCUUUUUGCUUGUGUCGUGUGACGGUAAAAGUGACCUCAAGGAGAUUGUUGAACUGUGGAAAGAGCUGCAUCGCGUCACCGGCACGAAAAUCGUUCUGCUGACAUCGGAGGGCAACCUGGCGCACUGUCUCCAAGAAGUUGAAAGGACCUCGUCACAUGUCAGCGGAAUUUACUUUGACGUCAUACACAGCGCCACAUUUGGGAACGUCACGUCCGAGUGCAAGAGUGCCAUUAUCCAGAAAUCACGGAUCGCUCUUCAGUCUUCCAGCGAAGAGACAUUGAUUCAAGACAUUCUGGAUGUCGGUAGCUUCCUAGAAAUAUGUCAGGAGGACACAUUUCUGGCGCUAUGCAGAGCAAAAGCCUUAUUUUUAGGGCCACAACUACAAGAACUUCCGAAAAAUAUAAGCGAGUGCUACAUUGAGCAAAAGUGUGGAAGGUCUGUUGUGGUUGACUUGCACAAGAUCACAGGUUGUCCUCAGAACGACGCUUUCGCUGUCUUCGGCUGUUCCAAAGAGACCCUCCACUCACUUCUACCUGCGGGUCUUACUGUGAAACGAAUGAGCGACUUGGACAAAUUCCAACAAAUUGUCAUUCUGGAGAGUGACAGUGAGUACGAGCCCCUUAUUGAGCAUGAACACUACAAGGGGAAGACAGUCCACCUUCUAGAAUUUCACGAACGGCGGUUCAUGUGGAAAAAAUCAAAUGGUGCUGUUAGUCACCUUCCCAUGACCGGGCAAGAAAUUUACUCCGCGAAUUAUCUGCUUAAAACAAGUGAGAAGGUCAUCGUUGUCUCUGGAGACCCAGGAAUGGGGAAAACCGUUCUGGCAACGAACAUUUGCCGAGAUAUAAAGAAAGCGGACGGGAAAGCAUGGGUACUUUACGUCAGUAAUUACCCGAACACGCAAGAAGCGACUAAAAUGUUGAUUGAAGAAACUGGUGGCACUAAUUUCAAGCUGUUCGCGAAGUUGUGUGGCGUGAAGACAAGCGGAGAGGAGUUUCAACUGUUCCAACAAAGUGUCACCGAGGGAAGUCCGUUUAACGUCUGGGUCAUUUUCGACGCCCUUGACGAAAUUCAGGAGACUAGUCGAAAAACCAUCCUUGAUUUAGCGAAGCGUUUAACGCAAGGAAAAGUAUUUAAGAUCUUGAUUUUUACACGCACGCUGCUUAGAAAACCGACAGAAGAGGAAAUCCACUCGGUGGCCUUCUGCAUGAUUCCAUUCUCUGAGGGAGAUCAAGCUCAAUUUCAGAAGAAAUAUAAGGAAUACGCUUAUCGAAUGCCACCGCAUGAACCGAAUACAAAGAUCGAUGACAAGACGUCCCAAAGCAUCCUUCAUCACGUUAGGGUAAAAGCUAACUACCUUCUAGGAAAUCCUCUCUUUCUCACAAUGGUGACUGAGCUGGAGCAAGGGAAAGCGUGUGACUCUGACUACUGGGAAUUAAUGCAACGCAUGUGCAACUGCGGUGACUGCUAUACACGUCUAUUGGUGUACAGAUUGUUCGUAGAGUACAAAUACCUGCGAUAUCGCAAAGAAAAAAAGUGUGAAGUAUUAACAAAAGCCGCAAACAAAGAUGAUCACGAGAGAUUGAAGGAGAUAUUUUACCACGAUCACGAGCUCCUAGCACUGAAGGCUGUUCUUUCCAAGGACGAUCUCACGAGACUCCUAAGUGAAAGUGAACGAAGUCUCCUCGAAAACGGAGGGCGACUAACGAUGGAGGUCAAAGAGAACAAGCACAAACACGGUCUAAUACAGGAGCUGAGGAAUGGCGCCCCUCGUUUUCUGCACCACAGCUUCGCCGAGUUUUUAGCAGCAUAUUCGAUCUUCAAGAGGGUAAAGAAGGCGCAUGAUAAAGGCGACGAAGACGUGAUAAUAAUCGUUUCCAACAUGUACGGUGAUUCUGCCUAUGACGGCAUGUUGACCUUCUUGGAUGGAUUCGCAGCGGAGGGACACGCAGUGCAUUGCAGUAUUAUGAAUAACGACAUUGAAAAUCUUAAAGCAUCUGCAGCAAAUGGUUCCGCUCUAGACGACAUCCACAGAACACCUCUGCAUGUCGCUGCACUGCAUGCCCAUCAAGAUGUCUUAAAGCUUCUUGAUUCUAACGAAGUGCUAACACAGAGAGAUAUGCUAGGGAUGACACCUCUCAGGUAUGCUGACCAGAUUCGUUCGUGGGAAACACUAGACGUCUUCUGUGCUCGCAGAGGUAGUUCUGCUAUUAACUGGUUCGAUGAAAUUCCAACAGCGGCCAGAAACAUUACGACUGAAACUAAGCUUUCGAGAUCAAUUUUAAUGAUCGUAAUCGGCAAGCGACUUAAGGGGCUUUUAUCUGUGUUGCUUAAAAUGUUUUGCAAAAAUAAGAUGUGUCCUACCGAGACUUGCCCCAAGAGAGAGAUACAACAUUCCACGAAAAACGUGCGCUCUUCAGCAGCCACUGUACAUAUCCUGAUGGAUAUUGAUCGCAUUAGGGUGCAGGACCAGCGUACCCCUUUGCAUUUCGCUGUCGGUCUAGGCAAACUUGAUAUUGUCCAGGUACUUCUGCCAUAUUCCUCACUAGACAUCCGCGAUGUGACUGACAGGACCGUAUUUCAGGCAUGCGCUCUCGUCGGCCACACGAACGUCCUGAGGCAUCUACUUCCUCUAGCGUCACCCCAUGAUUGGUACAUAUCUGACAACACGGGUCCAGAACAAAAGUUGGCAGCUUUAGACGUAGGGAAUCGUGAUGCUGCAGAACUUCUAAUCCCUCAUUUCUUGACCCGAACAGCUAUUAAAGAGGACCUGUUGUAUGUGAGUGUUGUUUCAGGGAACGAUGGAGUGACGAAAGCUAUUCUUCCUCAUACUGAUGCAAGUGGUCGUUAUAUGCCCUACGGCAGAACGACUUUCCAAGCAUGCGUUGGCUGUGCUGACAUAGAUGUCGUGAGACUAAUGCUUCCUUACGCUAACUUGGAUGGAAGUGACGAACGAGGUACAACUACGCUUCGCAUAACUGCUGACGACAUAGUUUCAUGGGACAGACAUCGAACGUGUGAUGUUGACAUCGCGAAACUGCUAAUUCUUCAUUGCGACAUCGACUCUCUUGACAUGGACGGCAAGACGGCUCUGAGAAUGUGUAUAACGUGUACAAACAACUUUCCGGUUUUUAAGCAAGUGCUUCUUUACAUGUUAGUCACGUGUCCUUCUAUAAGUCAAGUUAUGUCAGUCCAUUAUGUUGCAAAAGCAGUAGAGGAGGAUAUCUUAAAAUAUCUGAUCUCUGUCACUCGCAUUAACGCUCAGGAUGAAAAUGGAUAUACGCCACUCGCUCACUGCUGCUCUCAUGGAUACCUGAGAGCGGCGAAGCUGCUGCUUCCCCUUACAGUAGUCGAUUUCGGCUCAUUCACGAUGAUCAGUUCAUUGAUUCCAAGGGUGCUUGCAGGGGAAUAUGGCAUUGUUGAGUUGCUCCUCCCUCACUCCUUGGAAAGUAGCUGUCAUGUUACGUUGGCUGCGGCCAUCAAAACAGGGGAUAGUGCUAUGACGAAAUUUUGUCAGCCCCGUGUUCAAGCCCGACUUGGUAGUUUCAGUCAGCUUUCUUGGAAGUCAGUUUUCAGUGGCAAACAGAUCGCAGCCAAACUGGUCGCAGCUUUCACGGAAUUAUUGUCUGGCCUUGUUGAUGCGAAAUAUAGUGAAACCAUAGAAGCUCUGAAGGGUGAACCGACCGAGGCUGGGAAGCAAUGGGUUAUAUCCCAGGUCUAUUGGAUGUGUUAUUGGUGGGCUUGCAGAAAAAGGGCAGCGGAAACUAUUCAAGCGAUUGCGGCUGUGACGAAAAUGUAUCUGCCUCAUGUUGACAUUAACGGUCGUACAACAAUGAAAAGGACGAUGUGGCUUGAAAGUGUGUGCCAAGGUUGCUGGGCGUUGGUGCAGCUCCUUCUUCCUUACACAGAAAGACGUGAUAGUGACGUCACUCAGAACACGCCGUUACUGUUGAGUGUUUCGAAAAUGUCAAGUGCCACUACAGAACCAUCGCAAGCAGAAGAUCAACGAAAUCUGAAAAUGAACAUUGAACAGAUCAGAAUAUUAAAGCUGCUUAUCCUGCACUCAGACUUCGGUGUACUGCACGCAGAUCGGACUGUGCCACACGGCGGAAGCGCCAUCAAUCUUCACAUAAUGAAGUUUCUCAGCUCGUGUUCAUCGGCGAAUAAGCUCGUAUUUCCUCAUUAUUCACCCGCUUCUCGAAUUAUAGGUGUAGCAGAGUUCAUUGAGUGCAUUGAAAGCAUAGAAGAGCAGGAUAUCCUGAUCCUAAAGUAUCUGAUCCCUUACACUCGCAUUAACACUCUCGGUGAGAGUACGGCACUCGCUUACUGCUGCGGUUAUGGAUACUUGAGAGCGGCGAAGCUGCUGGUUCCCCUUGCGGUAGUCGAUUUUGGCUUGUCCUUGAUGAUCGUCUCAUUCAUUCGAGGGCUGGUUGCAGGGGAAUAUGGCAGUGUUGAAUUGCUCCUCCCGCAUUCCUUGAAACGUAGCGUUUGUGAUACGUUGGCAAACUGCAUCGCGUCAUGGUAUAAAUUGCCGCCGAAAUUCUGUGAGAGCCCUGGUCAAGCCAGUCUUCAUAGAGCGGUGACGGCUAAGAGCGUUAAAGGGAUCGAGGAUCUGUGGGAUCCCUUGAUGAACUCUCCUGAUGUGUGGGAUGGCAGAGAGAAUGGAGCAAUCGCGACUGUGACUAAAUUGUAUCUGCCCCAUGUUGAUGUUAACGAUUGUACAACCAUGAAAAGGACGAUGUGGCUUGAAAGUGUGUGCCUAGGUUGCUGGGCUCUGGUGCAACUCCUUCUUCCUUACACAGAAACACGUGAAUGUGACGUCACUCAGAACACGCCGUUACUGUUGAGUGCUACGAAAAUGUCAAGUGCCACUACAGAAUCAUCGCAUGCAGAAGACAAGCAGAACGUCGAAAUGCACAUUGAAGAGAUGAGAAUAUUAAAGCUGCUUAUCCUGCACUCAGACUUCGAUGUAUGGGGCGCAGAUCGGGUUCUGCCACACGGAGGGGGCGUCAUCAAUCUUCACUUAAUGAAGUUUCUCUGCUCGCAUUCAUCGGUGAAUAAACUCAUAUUUCCUUUUCCUCAUUCGCCACCCGCUUCUCGUAGUAUAAGUGUAGCAGAGUUCAUCGAGUGCCUUGCAACCAUUGAAGAGCAGGAUAUCCUGAUCCUAAAGUAUCUGAUCCCUUACACUCGCAUUAACGCUCACGAUGCGAAAGGACGUACGCCACUCGCUUACUGCGGCUAUUAUACAUGCUUGAGAGCGGCGAAGCUGCUGCUGCCCCUUACAUUAGUCGACUUCGUCUCAUCCAUGAUGAUCCCGUCAUUCAUUCGAGGGCUGGUUGCAGGGGAAUAUGGCAGUGUUGAAUUGCUCCUCCCGCAUUCCUUGAAACGUAGCGUUUGUGAUACGUUGGCAGACUGCAUCGCAUCAUGGUAUAAAUUGCCGCCGAAAUUCUGUGAGAGCCCUGGUCAAGCCAGUCUUCAUAGAGCACUGACGGUUAAGAGCGUUAAAGGGAUCGAGGAUCUGUUGGAUCCCGUGAUGAACUCUCCUGCUGUGCGGGAUGGCAGAGAGAAUGGAGCAAUCGCGACUGUGACUAAAUUGUAUCUGCCCCAUGUUGAUGUUAACGAUUGCACAACCAUGAAAAGGACGAUGUGGCUUGAAAGUGUGUGCCUAGGUUGCUGGGCUUUGGUGCAGCUCCUUCUUCCUUACACAGAAACACGUGAAUGUGACGUUACUCAGAACACGCAGUUACUGUUGAGUGUUUGGAAAAUGUCAAGUGCCACUACAGAACCAUCGCAAGCAGAAGAUCAACGAAAUCUGAAAAUGAACAUUGAACAGAUCAGAAUAUUAAAGCUGCUUAUCCUGCACUCAGACUUCGGUGCACUGCACGCAGAUCGGGCUGUGCCACACGGCGGAAGCGCCAUCAAUCUUCACAUAGUGAAGUUUUACAGCUCGUGUUCAUCGGUGAAUAAGCUCGUAUUUCCUCAUUCUUCACCCGCUUCUCGUAUUAUAAGCGUAGCAGAGUUCAUCGAGUGCCUUGCAAGCAUUGAAGAGCAGGAUAUUCCGAUUGUAAUGUAUGUGAUACCUUACACUCGCAUCAACGGUCUGGAUGAAAAUAGAGAUACGCCACUCGCUCACUGCUGCUCUCAUGGAUACGUGAGUGUGGCGAAGCUGCUGCUUCCCCUUACAGUAGUCGAUUUCGGCUUGUCCGUGAUCUUCGCCGCAUUCAGUGGAGGUUUCGGUGAACGGGAAUACGGCAUUGUGGAGUUGCUCCUCCCGCAUUCCUUGAAACGUAGCAUCUGUCAUUCGUUGGCUCUAUGCGUCGAGUCAUGGUAUCAAAUUCUGACAGUAUUGUGUGGGAGCUCUAGUGAAGCCAGUCUUUGUAGAGCGCUGAUGGCUUACAGCCUUGAAGCGAUCAAGGAUCUGUUGCAGAGAGGGAUCGAGGGUCUGUUGCAGGUUUGCAGAGAGAAUGAUGCAAUCGCGACUGUGACUAUGUCUCUGCCUCAUGUUGACGUUAACGUUCGUACAACCAUGAAAAGGACGAUGUGGCAUGAAAGUGUGUGCCAAGGUUGCUGGGUAUUGGUGCAGCUGUUUCUGCCUUACACAGAAACACGUGAUAGUGACAUCAGUCAGAACACACCGUUACUGUUGAGUGCUACGAAAAUGUCAAGUGCCAAUACAGAAUCAUCGCAGGCAGAAGAUCAACGGAAUGUCAAAAUGAGUAUUGAAAAGAUUCGAAUAUUAAAGCUUCUUAUCCUCCACUCGAACUCCGGCACACUGCGUGCACAUCGGGCUCUGCCACACGUUGGGAGCGCCACCAACAUUCAGGCGAUGAAGAUCUUACACCCGCAUCUAUCGAUGUCUCGAUUUGCUUCGUACACGAAAAGACUGCCAUGCAUAGCCCAAUAAUGCUGGACACCUUGACCUUUUGGAAAACGUGCUGCGCCAUUCAUUGGGCAAUGCCGUAUACGCGCGCCUGUCUUUGUCGUACCGGUGGUGGUAGCGUCAUAAAACGUGGCGAUCUGCCGUACCACGCUGUCAAAUGAUCGUCUUCCUCUAGUGGAGCUCACCUCUGUUCGUGAAACUCAGUAAGCUUCAUAAUACUGUGGUGCCAUUCUUGUUUGCUACCGUUCCUUGUUGUAUCAUCUGUACUUAUCCCAUGCCCUGCGUCAUUUUCUUACUUAUAAAGGGGACAUCUUGCAGGGGAUGUCAAUGGGGCCAUCGCGAUCUCUGUUGUGUAGCUUGCAAAUUAUUUAGCAACAACCUGACUAAACCAAGCUGUUGGUCCUAACAACAUUUAAUUACUGGUGGCAUGACCCCUGCUAGUGAAACAGCGCCCGCAUGGGGCCAGUGUCACGAGUUAUAUAGCAUUUAACCUUCUCGCCGUGUGAUAUCAGCAGUACUCAUAAUAGCAUUAAUAAUAUUAAUAACAACAACAUAAUAAUGAUGUGUAACAAUAUCAAGACGAUAUAUUUGAGUUGUAUAUAUGCAGACCGUGAGUCCAUCAUGUGCAUUUUUCGGCAAUAAAUCUUGUUAGCUAUGA